UCCCGCACGCACGGCGGAAAGGUCACACGGCCAAAGUGAUUCUCAUUCCGUUGCAUUGCGUUGCACAUAGUCACGACUCGCGCACCGUUCUUAACGUUCGACUCGUCCAGUGGAGUAAAAUAGAGAAACGAAAUCGGUAACGUUACAGAAACGUUUUUUUUUUUCUAUAGAUAUAAGCGCGCGCGUAUAUAAACAUAAUAUACGUCCUUAUCCGAAAUCGAAUUUAUAAAUUCCCGCCAGUUGCCGACUGACUUGCAUACCGGUAACAAUCUAUCAGUGCGAAUUGAUGAUAAUAAUUUUAAAUUAUUUUAUCGGUCCAUAAUAAUUAUUAAAUAUUGGAAUCGUAUUGGAAUAACAAUACGCAUACGGACAGUGAAAUAAAAAAGUAUUGAAAAACGGAAUAAAAGAAAAAUCGUGAUACGAUUGUUGGACGGAAAUCCAUCGAAUUUGUUAUAAAAUAGUUCGCUCCGAAGAGUAAAACUCGUCGUCGAUUCCAUAUUUUUUUUUUUUCUGUGACACUUGCAUAAUACAAAAACCAUGGCUUUCAUGAUGCCUGUUGUGAAAAAUGAUUACAAUAUUUACAAAUCGAACCGGAACCGACGCAUUUCCGAGUGUUCCAACGACAAGACGUCUGGCUCGUCAGCCUCGUCCUGCGGUGGCACCAGACGGGUGCACAGCGGUUCCCGGUCGGCCGACGGCCCGUCGCUGUCCACGUCGCCCGGCAGCGAUUUUAUGGUCGGCUCGCCGGCGCACCGGUCACUCGGUGGCGUGUCCAAGCAAACAGCUUUCCACCACGGCAGCCAGCAGCACCACCACGGGGUGGCCUCCAGAAACUCGUCCCGGAACUCGCAGUCCAGCCUGCAGAGCCCCGCCAAGUCAUCGUCGUCGUCCUCGUCGCCGCCCAAGGUGUCGUCCACGUCGUCGCUGAACAUGUUCCACUCAAAGCUCGUCGACAAGCUCAGACGGUCGCUAACGUCCAAGUCCAAAGACAAUAGCACAUCGACCGCAUCCAGUAAAGAUAUUGCGAGGAGAAGAUCCUGAGAUAUGGCCAAAGGCGACGACCAUCAACGGUCAGUACCAAAUCUGACUAGAUCAGCAAAAAGCCGGCCAGUAUCCAAUAUGGCCACGUCCUGUCCACUGGGCACCAAUAUUGCGCUAUGACAAAAUAAACAGUAAAAAGUCAAGAAACCCAACAUCAAAUCAUAGUGUGCUCUUGUGUGCAUGGGUAAGUGCCGGCACUUUGUUUAGAAUAAUAAAUUAUUUAUUACACGAGUCGCAUCUAUUAAAAUGCUGACUUUGUUUUUUUUUAAAUGGAUGCGUCGUGUGUUUUGGUUAAUAAUAUAGAGUAUUCUAAAAAAUGUAUAAAUAAUAGCCUAUUUUAAGUUGAUACCUAGCCUAUAUUAUAUAAAAAAAUUAUUAGUUACAUUUUAUAUUAUGUACAUAUUAAUAUUGACAGCUUAUGGCUUAUCUCAGCAUUAUGGUUUAUUUUUAAUAUUAUUUUUUAGUUCUUUAUGAAUACUACUAUUUGAAAAAUAAAAAAGGUACCCGACUAAUUAUAACUUAAGCCUAUCAAUCAAUAGGGGACAAGGUCUUAUAACCUUAAUGUUUAAUGUAUUAUACUAUUGUUGAAAAUGUCUUGAUGUAUUAACAGUGAUCAAAAAAUGAGGGUUUUUUUAAAAUUAAGAUACUCUGAUAGUGUCAAAUAUAAAAUCAAUACAAUUUAAAUCCAACAGGAUUCUAGGCAAGAUUUAAAAUAAAUUACUUGGUAGGCUCUUAUUGUUCUUUCUUACCAACCCGCCUACUUUAGUGUAUAAAUUAAUGUAUAUAAUAUUUUAUCAAUACUUAUGUAAUUUGGGGGUACAAUUUCAUUCAAAAGCUUUUUUAUAAAAUAUCACAGAUCAAAUAUUUUUAAGAUAUAUUGAAAAGUAUUUAUAUAGAAUAUUUUGGCUGCAAUAAUUUAUAACUCGCACUCCAUAAGUCUGAUUGACCAAAUAAAAUUAAAAAUACCAUAUCACAAAAUGUAUUCUUUUGCAAAUAAUUUUAAUGUAGUUUUCGUUCGUAAGGGGCAACAUAUGUCCUACCUGGAUACUCAAUGAUAGACUGUACUUAAAUUUGUUAGAUGUUCAUUAGGCUGUUACGUUGUAUCAUAAAGGGAAAAUUAUUUUAAUGGGUUGGUAAGUUAAGUCUGAUGCUCUGUUUUGUUUAUAAUAGGUAAAAAUUAAUCAACCAUAUAUAAUCUGUGAUACGUUUGUUACUAUUUUUUUAAGAUAUUCAGCUUUUAUCUUUAUUUAUCUAGGUAAAUAGGGUUUACUAAAACAUGAAAAUAAAAACUGUUAUUGUUUUGGAGUUAGCUUAAAAAAAAUACUAUUAUUACAUUGGGCGCCUCAUCGUUGAUUCUAAAUUAUUCACUUUCAAUGAACCAAACAAAAAAUUGAAAAACUGUCAUGAUACUUUUGAUUUAUA